GCCUGACUUCGUAAAUUUCAAUCAUAUAACCCACAUUCCCUAUCUACGCACUUAUCGAUUCUUGUGUACACAUAUGUAUGAAAAGUACUGGCUGGGUUUUCUUGGUUGUCAUAAAAUUGCCGGGCCAAGUUCAGUUUGCAAUCGGGAACGAAGGAGAAUGUCGAGCCCAAUUCUGUUAACACAAAUAUCCCAAGAUGCCUCUGUGCCUAAUUGGCUGGAGCAAAAGGAUCUGGAAUUGUUGGUAAAACAGGAGAUUCCGGAUUUAAGGAAAAUCGAAAGUAUACGAUACAAAUGGGAGAAUCAACUGGCACAACCGGCACUCUGUGCUUAUCUACAGGUAGUCACAGGAGAGAACAAGAAACGCCAAGUGAGUUACCUAAUCAAAUCCCCGGAAUCGGUAUCCAUUGGAUUGAAGGUGCCCAUUAAAGGGGAUUUCUCAGUGGAACGUAAUAUUUACGAUAAUGUACUGCCUGCCCUGGAGGAGCUGUAUAAAAAUGCAGAUAAGAUCAUUCACUUCAGCCCGCCGGUUAUCCAAGGAAAACAAAAAUCCAACCAUCUCUAUAUAGAGUAUAUCCUAAACAGAGGUUAUUCCGUGGCCAAUAGCCUGAAAGGUUUGUCCGUAAACGCCAUGGAAGGAGUACUUUCGAAACUGGCUGCUUAUCAUGCCGGAACAGCUUGCUAUAUAGCGAAUAAUUUCGCCAAGAUUAAAGAGCUUCCCAAGCUCGGGGAGCACUCGAAAUCGGGGAAUGAGGCUGCCGAACUCAAAAGCUUGUAUCAAAUGAGAUUUCACGAGAGUCUCCGAUCAAACGAAGCCAGAGAGUACGAAGAUAAGGUGAAAUCAUUUCAAAAGUAUGUGAAAUCUAAUGCGGGUAUUCUGGAUUUGCGAACUUCCUUUAAUGUCAUUCUAAAUGGAUCCUGCUGGCCGAAUAAUUUGCUCAUCCAAAGCGAUGCCUUCGGAAAUGUUAAGGAUGCGCUUUUUAGCGACUUUCACGCUGCCAAAUAUGGUCCAGCUGUCUACGAUCUUUUCAGUUUACUGCUCACUGCCCCGGCUGAAAAAACCAUUAGAUUUGAUGGCUACGUAAAGUUCUACCACGAUCAAUUGACCGAAAAUCUAAGCCUGCUGAAAUUCCAGGCCAAGAAGCCCAGCCUCACGGAUCUUCAAUUGGAUUUGCUGAAAUACGGUCAUUGGGCUUUUGAGUUCGCCACGGAAAUUCUGCCAAUUUUGCUCUCGGAAUUUGGAAGUAAUGACAUAGAUGAGCUCUUCAAGAAUCCUGCUUUCGGUGCUCAAAUUAGAGAACUUUUACCCUGGUUGGAGAAUCGUGGUUACUUCGAAGAAGACUAG